CAUUUGGGAUAUGUCAUAUUGAUUCAUCACCAAAACAAAAGAGUUUGCAUCGAACUACGGAAUUGAGAGUAUAAAUAAAUUAUACAAAUAAAAGUCUUUUCGCGAAGGAAACGUGCAGAAAUCAUACGUAGGCAAAAUUAUGUCGUUCUUAAAUGAAGUGAAAUGGGCACCUUUUCGGCCAAUUGACGAUUUUCUUACAUCGUCAGCUCGAUUUAAGGUUCCAGAUUAUACGAACUUAGAGCGCUGGAACAAUCGUGUGGUUCAAAAUUUCUUAUAUUACCAAACCAAUUACUUCGUAUUGACGGCACUGGUUUAUGCAUUGUUCAUCUUUAUCCAUCCACAAAAGACCAUACUCGGACUUGUUGUGCUCGGAGCAUUGAUAUAUAUCCUUUAUCAGUACACGCCGAAUUUGCCAAAUCGACAGGAAAAUGAUAAAAAGUUUGGCUUAAUGUGUGGCGUAGUUGUUGCUUGCUUCGUUGGCUUGGUAGCAUUUUCUGCCGUCACCUAUGUCUUGCUUAUGCUACUUUUACCGAUUGCAUUGAGCUUCGUUCAUGCUUCGCUUCGAUUGAGAAACAUUAAAAAUAAAAUGGCAAAUUUAUCGCAACUGGUUGGUGUGAAAAGUACGCCAAUGGAUUUUUUAUUCAGCAAAUUUCAGCUGACCCAAUCGGAAUGGUCGAUCGAGGGUGUCAAUUAAUUGUCAACUGGAUGCUUGACUGGAUGUGUGCGAAUAGCAGUGACUAAUUACUUAUUUAGAAAUUUCACAGUUUUCCUUGUCUGUAAAUUAAGUGCUAAAACUAUUUAUUGUUAUUUUGUCUAAUUGAAUUAAUUCUGCUGAAAUAAAGUCGUUAUCAAACCAA